AUGACCAACUCGUUUACAAUACGAGUUCCAGCAACCUCGGCCAAUAUUGGUCCUGGCUUCGAUGUCGUUGGCUUGUCACUUUCACUCUAUCUUACUCUCACUGUCACCACCGGAGAGACCUCUACCUUACCAGUGAUCACAUAUUCGGGUGAAGGAGCUGAUGAAGUCCCGCUGGACCCGUACCGCAACCUCAUGACCCGCGUAGCACUCUACGUGCUACGUUGCAAUGGCCAUAGGGCAUUCCCUCCCGCCAUUAGUAUUCACUGUCACAACCAAAUACCUUUUGGACGUGGACUCGGCUCGUCCGGCGCAGCGGUCAUUGCAGGCGUUCUUCUCGGAGACAGUCUCGGGAAACUCAACCUCUCCCGAGAGCGAAUGUUAGACUACGCACUCAUGGUCGAGCGCCACCCCGAUAAUGUGACAGCUGCGCUUGUUGGAGGAUUUGUAGGAUCAUACCUUAGAGAGCUAGACCCACAAGCUACUGAGGCAGCACAAGUACCCCUUUCUGAAGUCCUUCCGGAAUACCCCCCUGAUGCUGGAGAAAACUGGGGUCUUUCCCCACCUGUUCCGCCGUUGGGUAUCGGUCACUACGUCCGAUUUAAAUGGAACAGUAGCAUCAAAGCUGUUGCCAUCAUACCCCGAUUUGAACUCAGUACUGCAAAAGCGCGAGCUGUUCUACCAGAGAGUUACUCAAGGAAGGAUCUGGUUUUUAAUAUGCAACGAUUAGCUGUCCUCACCACAGCUCUCGGUCAGACACCACCAGACCCGGAAUUAAUUUUUGAGGCUAUGAAAGAUCGCGUGCAUCAGCCGUAUCGGAAAACUCUUAUACCUGGUCUGCCAGCAGUCACUUCUUUGAUUACCCCUGCUUCACAUCCUGGCCUGCUUGGCAUUUGCCUCUCUGGUGCAGGGCCGACCAUCCUUGCGCUUGCAACACAUAAUUUCGACAGCAUCGCUGGGAAAAUACAGGAAAUAUUCCAGCAGGAGCAGAUCGAAGUAGAUUGGAAGAUACUGGAAGUGGCGGGAGGGAGUACUGUAGACUCUUAA